AUGAAUGGAGUGAACAAUGAGGCUGAAAUACCUACAGGUUUUACUGAUACUAUGUUAACACCAACUCAUUUUUUGGAGGAUAAUGAACGACAACAUAUUCUAAAUGUUGCUCCAGCUGAAGGCAAUAGACCAUUAAGUGUGUUCAGAGAUGAAUACUCCGAAGAACUGGCAUAUCGUCGGAUAUUUCUUGGUCAACCACAGCAAGAAACUGAACAACGAAAAGUCACAGUAAACUAUAGUGCUAUUUUAUGUAAUCGCACAUACCUCUAAGAAAGUGCAAAAGAAAUAACACGAACAUCAGUGCUGGACAAUUAAAACAACAAGGUGAAUUAGACAGGUUAAUCCAUCAUGAUGAGGGAUACAAAUUCGUAAAUGCAUUACGUGGCUCACCUUCAUAUUUUGAAACAUAAAUGGAUAUCCAGUAUGUACUAGAUGUAUAUGCAUGUGCUGUCUAUAUAGUUAAUUAUAUAUCAAAGGGUCAAAAAAGGAUGAGUGACCUUUUACGAGAAGCUUGUACUGAAGCAAGGAAAGGAAACCAUAUCAUAAAAAAGCAAGUCAGAGAUAUUGGUAGUAAAUUUCUUAAUAGUAUUGAAAUAAGUGCACAAGAAGCAGUGUAUAUUGUUUUACAACAUGCCAUGAGGAAAGGAUCUAGGCAAAUUGUAUUCGUUAAUACUUCACCUCCCGAUCAAAGAGUGGAACUAUUAAAGCCAUUGGAUGAUAUCCAAGAAAUGGAUGAUGACUGUGAAGAUAACUAUACCAGCGGUUUGAUAAACAGUUAUUCUAAGUGCCCAGCACAACUUAAACAUUUAACACUUGCAGACUGGGCUGCGUGGUAUGAUUGCAGUGGGAAACCAUAUGCAAACAAACAAAUCAACAAGAUAUUGAUGGUCAUCCACUUGAGAAUUUUGUUGAUGAUAAUCAAAGUAACAGUGAUGACGAUGAUGAUAAAUAUAACUAAAAUAUUUGUAGCAAAACUACAAAAAGGGACUAAAGUUCGAAUAAUACAAAGCGUGUAGUUCAAUAAGGAAACUGAACAACUCACUGGCCACUAGUCAUAAUGACAAACCAGUUCACUUUAGUUAAGCUCAUUUAUACCUCGUUUCUGACUCAACAAAAUGAAAUAACCAACGAGGGAAAAAUUAAUUUGACCGAACAACUUCCAGUUCUCCCUGCAAAAAGUCUCAGUGACCAACCACUUCAAUAUUUUCCAUUGUUCACCAUGGACUUUUUUUUGAUGUUGACUUCAGCCAUAAUAAUCUGAAUAGCAUUUCAUUUUUAUCCUCUUCUUUAUUACUCCGAUAAAAUCAGUUUCACCAAGAUCCUCGAUCACUUAACCAAUCGCAUUCCUUUUACGAAAAAGUUCUACAAUUGACCAGUCAGGGUCAAAUUUUGACUCUACACAUAUAAACGCCAGUGUGAUUGGAUCAGCUGCUCAAAAGAUUUAACAGCCUUAGCCAGAGGUCUCUGACCGGCCUACAAUUCAGCACUUUACUGUUUAUGCUUCUCACCAUGGGCGAGCGAGAACACCAUUGGAACUCAGGCUACAUCUUUAAAUACUCAUAACAUUCACCAAUAACUACUGCUAUUCUAUUUCAGCUGAAACACUUGAGGGUUAUGUCCACUUGAUAAAUGGAGUUAAAACUGCCGCAAGAGGGUCAACAAAGAACUUUGACUUGAAGCUACAAACAACUGGAGGUGAUACUGUACGUAUGGUAUGCUACUCACCAGAAAAGCGACAGAAAUUACAACUUAAUCCCAGCAGUAUAAAUCACCCGUUAAAAUCUCUAGCCUUCUUAAGAAUACAGCAAAGAGUUUCAACUCUUAAAGUGAAAAAUACACCAUAUCAAAGAAAGCAAAAAUCUCCACAGAUUGGAUCUUCAACUCCAAUAUAAUGAUGCCCUUAAAAACAGGCUUCACAGAGUCAAACAAGCUUUGGAUACAAACAUGUAUGAAACUGUUGACCUUAAAGUUAAAAUCACAGCCUAUACUACAUGGUGACAAGAUCAGGUACAAGAAAGAUUCUAUAGUAGCAGAUGAAACUGUUGCUGUAAAACUUGUUCUGUGGGAAGAUACUACUGAUAAGCCCAAGUUCGUAAAUCCGAUCCAAAAUUGUAAAAUCCGGGUCUUUGACGUCUCCAAAUUUCUCAAAACUAAUGAAUUCACUAAAAUAAAAGAAAUUGAUGAAAUUCCUAUCAUCAACCUGGCGACACCUGAAUUGCAAGACAACAUUAUUAAUGGUCAAUGCCUUGGAGUUGACUUGAAAUGCACCACCUCUUGCAUUUGUUGCAAUAAAACCACUGAUGAAACAAAUGAUGAAAUCAACAUAGUUACAUGUCUGAACUGCAGCAUGACACUCAUCAAAGAUGUUUUUUAAACUAAAGUUGUUGCUAAACUACUCAUGAAAAUUGANACAUGUAUGAAACUGUUGACCUUAAAGUUAAAAUCACAGCCUAUACUACAUGGUGACAAGAUCAGGUACAAGAAAGAUUCUAUAGUAGCAGAUGAAACUGUUGCUGUAAAACUUGUUCUGUGGGAAGAUACUACUGAUAAGCCCAAGUUCGUAAAUCCGAUCCAAAAUUGUAAAAUCCGGGUCUUUGACGUCUCCAAAUUUCUCAAAACUAAUGAAUUCACUAAAAUAAAAGAAAUUGAUGAAAUUCCUAUCAUCAACCUGGCGACACCUGAAUUGCAAGACAACAUUAUUAAUGGUCAAUGCCUUGGAGUUGACUUGAAAUGCACCACCUCUUGCAUUUGUUGCAAUAAAACCACUGAUGAAACAAAUGAUGAAAUCAACAUAGUUACAUGUCUGAACUGCAGCAUGACACUCAUCAAAGAUGUUUUUUAA